UAUGUAGCACUCAUCAGAUCAUGCUGGGUUGUGAUGUAGAUUUAACGGGUUAUCCGGCCGAGCCCUACGGAGACGAGCUCUCAGUACUGUUUCAGGAACACAACAAAGAAGAAGAUGGUUGUGUGUUGGAGAAAAUCGAAGAAAACAUGAGGAAAGAGUCGGCCAAGACCAGAAAAAUCAGUAAGAGAUGCAAGGAUGAUACGGACAGUACGAACAUCUGUCCUGUUUCAAAGAUGUUGACGAGGGAAAUAAUCUCAAGGUACUUUUAUAUGCCGAUAACUCAAGCAGCAAGGGAACUGAACAUAGGCUUAACUCUCUUGAAGAAGAGAUGUCGUGAAUUGGGUAUUCGUCGUUGGCCUCACCGCAAGCUCAUGAGCCUCCAAACCCUAAUCAGCAAUGUCCAGGAGCUGGGGAAGAUGGAAGGGGAAGAGAAUGGGGGGAAACUGAGGAACGCAGUGGAGAUACUGGAGAAGGAGAAGAAGAAGAUAGAGGAGCUUCCAGAUAUGGAGUUUGAGGACAAGACUAAGCGCUUAAGACAGGCAUGUUUCAAAGCUAAUUACAAGCGGAAACGUCUCAUGUCCUCUGCCUCAUCAUCUUCUUCCUUCUUCUGAUGGCGGCUUUCAUCUCUUCCUCUUUUUUCGUUUUUUAAUUUAAUUUUGUGGGUUUAAUGGUUGUUUUAGGGCCAUUCUCAUGCAAAUACUAACGGA